AUGGUUCAAUAUCCAUGGUGUGAGUCAUCCGAUUACAAAAGUCGGCAUAUAGCUAUCAUCGGGGCUGGCGUGUUAGGACGCCGGAUCGCGACGUGUUGGGCAUGUGCGGGUUACAAUGUUUAUGUCUACGACCCCGACGCCGCACAAUGUCGUGAGGCGGUAAAUUACUUCGAUGAGAACAAAGCGACUUAUCAACGAUAUGUCUCUGUCAUCCCUGCGCAGGUCAUUCCUGCCGUGGAUUUGACACACGCUGUUUCGCACGCCUGGCUUGUGGUGGAAUGUGUGUCGGAGAGUCUUGAUCUCAAGCAGAAGGUGUUUUGUGACCUCGAGUCAGUUUGCACGCCAGAUUGCAUACUAUCCACAAACUCCUCCUCAUACAAAUCUUCUAUUAUCUCGGAGAAGACGAGGCAUGCCCGGAAUCGGAUCUUGAAUACGCAUUAUUUCAUGCCCCCGCAUGUGCGCAUCGUUGAGCUCAUGACCAAUGGGUGUACUGCACCCAAUAUCUUCCCAUUUCUGACGAAACGAAUGGAAGAAGCUGGCUUGAGCGUAUACGUCGCAAGGAAAGAAUCCACGGGGUUCAUUCACAACAGAGUAUGGGCCGCGAUCAAGCGAGAGCUGCUCAAGGUGGUGUCAGAAGGUGUAACAGAUCCGAAGACUGCAGAUGACAUCUUUUUCGAGGCAAUCGUCAAACCAGGCACGAGGCCAUUCGUAGCUAUGGACCUUGUCGGACUCGAUACGGUGGCCAUGAUCGAGCGUAAUUUUGCCGAGGAACGAAAUCUCUCAACUGUUCACACAGUUGACUUUCUGCAGAGAGAGUUCAUCGAGAAAGGCAAGCUCGGUUUGAAAAGCGACAAUGGCGGGUUUUAUCCACCAUCAACUGUGCCAACCAAACCAGGGCCACGAAUACUUGUAUUAGACAACGGGUUGUCUGGCCAAGUUGAGACGCUGGAGAAAGGGAAGGUACUAGAAUACACUUCUGCUGGUCAAUAUAUCCGGACGAUAUUUGACGAGCAGUACCUUCCGGAUGGCAUCGUUGUCCUCAAAGAAAAAGAGCAGAUGUUCUGGACAUGCAUGGGCUAUCCUGGUCAGAACGACGGCAUGAUAUACUCUGCCAACUUAGAUGGCAGUGAUGUGAGAUCACUCAUCGACAAGGGACGAAUCAAUACUCCGAAGCAAAUAGCGCUUGACUCGGUUGGUGGAAAGCUAUACUUUGCCGACCGUGAGGGUCUCUGUAUUUGGCGCUGCGGCCUGGACGGCAGCGGGCUCGAAAAGGUCAUCACGACCGUGAACAUGUCAGACAGUAAUGACGGGGACGCGACAAACUGGUGUGUUGGAAUCACCUUGUCGCGCAGCUUAGGCAGAAUUUUCUGGACGCAGAAAGGUGGACCUAAAGGCUGGCAAGGUCGCAUUUUUACCGCAAAUAUAGACAUACCAUCUGGUGAGACUCCUGACACCAGAUCAGACAAGGUCUGUCUUCUCAAGAACCUUGCCGAGCCUAUUGAUCUUGAAUUUCACGAGGAGUCGAGGAGCCUAUAUUGGACUGAUAGGGGAGAGAUGCCCUUUGGGAAUACACUGAAUCGGCUUCGGUUUUCCGAUAAUGGACAGGUCUUGGAGAUUGAUAACACGCCUCUGCUCAAUUACCAGAUCCUUGCAAGGAAGUUCCACGAGGCUAUCGGUCUGAAAAUCGAUGAGCAAAAUCAACACGUGUAUGUGGCGGAUUUGGGAGGGUCGAUCUGUAGGUGCAAUCUGGAUGGGAGCGAGAAAAUCAGACUGUUGUUCGAAGAGGGUCGAGCUUUUACUGGAAUUGCCUUGGUUUAG